CGAUUGUCUAAUCCCUGUCGGAACAACUCAGUCCACUGUGUCGAUAUUUGGCGAUUGGCACGAGAGGGAUCCAGUAUAAAAAUUGAGACAGCCAUGUCCAGAGUCCUAUACGUGCACCCUCUUCGAGCACAGGGACACUUCGUAUUCGCCAUGGCGCAGAAAUACCCCAUCCCUGUCGCUGAGCAGUUCCUGGGCAUAGCCUGCAAUUGUGUCGGCUGUGGGCCAGGAGGUAGUACGUCCAUGCUCGCCCGAGUUGCGAUCGUUGACUACCGGGGCCAGACUGUAUAUUACACAUACGUGCAGCCCACCAUGACGGUGUCUGAUUAUCGCACAGGUACCACGGGAAUCGAGCCCAGCAAUCUAGAACCCGCUAAUGGCGCUCUGCCUUUCAACGAAGUACAACAACAAGUCGCGAACCUGAUACGGACCAAAAUUCUCAUUGGGCAUUCGCUCUGGCAAGAUCUAUCCGUGCUAGGGAUACCUCACCCUGCCGUUGCGACUCGCGACGUUGCCCUCUAUCAGCCGUUCCGGAAUUCAUUGCGUACACCUAACCAGGUGGUCGGUCUGCAGACUCUCAUGUGGCACCUCAUGCGCAGACGCAUCCAAGAGGGCAAGAUAGACGCUUUGGAGAACGCACGCGCCGCAAUCGAUCUGUACAGGUCGUCUGCGAAUGAGUGGGAGGCUUCCAUCUCGAAGGGACAGUGGCCUACAGUUCUUCCGCCAAGUACCUUCUCGCGGUGCUAUUUGUGA